GGGGUAAUUAGUCAAUGAAACAAAGCUUUGAGGUGGUUGAGUGCUGCUUUAAAAGCAGCGAAACUCUCUGCGAUUGAUCGAGGGGAGAAGAAAAGAUGAAGGGAAUUGCACCGAUAGUCAUCGUUCUUAGCCUUCUUUUAAGUCUUAGAUGUACCAUUGGGCUUCGGUUUGUUAUAGACAGGGAAGAAUGCCUUUCUCAUUCUGUUCCAUAUGAGGGAGACACAGUUCAUGUAUCAUUUGUUGUGAUAAAAGCUGAUUCUCCGUGGCAUUUUGGCGAUGAAGGAGUUGAUCUUGUGGUAAAAGGGCCCUCUGGUGAACAAAUUCAUGACUCACGCGAUAAGUCGAGUGAAAAGUUUGAGUUCGUGGUUCAUAAAAGUGGGGUUCACAAGUUCUGUUUUACAAACAAGUCCCCUUACCAUGAAACUAUUGACUUUGAUGUUCACAUCGGCCAUUUCACAUACUUUGACCAACAUGCAAAAGAUGAGCACUUUGCACCGUUGCUAGAACAAAUAGCGAGGUUGGAUGAUGCUCUUUACAACAUUCAAUUUGAGCAACACUGGUUGGAGGCUCAAACUGAUCGUCAAGCGAUAAUUAACGAACAGAUGAGCAGGAGGACGAUCCACAAAGCGAUGUUUGAAUCAGCAGCGCUGAUCGGAGUCAGUAUUCUCCAAGUUGUCCUCUUACGUCGCCUUUUUGAGCGGAAACUUGGUACUUCAAGAGUAUAAUAAGCUGAUCAGUUCAUAUAGAGAUCGGAUAUGGUUCGUCGUUCUUCUUGUAGUUCUUUUUAGCUUCCGGCUAAUCUUUGUCGGUGUACCAUGGAAUGAAUAUUAACAUGACUGUUGUUUGUUCAUCCUUUUUCGGAACCUUUGAAACUGAUGAUUUAUCUGGCAAUUUGAAGAGCUUUAGAAUCAUUGUUGUAAGAUGAUAGCCAUCUGUUCUCUCAAAUUGUUUAUUGCUGUC